AUAAGGUUAGAGUCGAAGUAGUUAUUGUCCCUUCGGGGACAUCCGAUAAAAUUGGAACGAUACAGAGAAGAUUAGCAUGGCCCCUGCGCAAGGAUGACACGCACAAAUCGAGAAAUGGUCCAAAUUUUUUUUUUCCUUCUAAAUUCUGAUGAUCAAACCCUAGAUAGAUAGGUCUCUGUCGUUGCAGGCUUUGAUGUUCGUUGUCUAAUUUUCUAAUGUUCGUUGUUAAACGGUUUUGUUCCCAUCUCUGUUCUAGUUAAAGCUCAAACUCUUUGGUUGUAUCCGAAGGACUUCUCCACUUGAGUUUUUAUUAGCGAAUAGUUCUGAAGGCUAUGAGUUUCUGCAAUUCUGGAAACGAGGAAAGUUUACAGGAAGCUGGUGUAAAUUAGAGACCCUUUAGCGAGGGUGAAGAUACACAUUUAUGGUGUUGUAAAUUGACAUGAGACCCAUUAAGAGCAUUUGAAUUGACAGAAUCAGAGUGUUCUUGUCUCAGGACAACUACUAGCCUCUUAUGGAUAUGGAGCAGACUCAGGAAUCUACUGAAUUGCAAAGAAGCAUUGAAUGAGAAGUUCAGUUCUCAGUCUCAACAACAACAACAAAGGGAAACUAAAGAAAAGACAUAAAAAGAGUCACAACCUUAGGAUAUGAGCUUUAAGUUGAUUCUGCAGCAAAAAGAAAGAGAGACUUUUUGUGUUUCCUGGUUGUUUGUGAAUUGGCUCUAGAAGAGAAGAAGAUUAUUGUGCUUGCUUUCAAUUGGUGGGGAGUUUCAGUUUCCAGCUGUGUAACCUUUGUUCUUUGAAAUGUUCCUUCUAUUGUAAACAUGGUCUGUUUACAAGAUUCUUUGCAUUUGUUUGUACUUGAAAAGUUUGUAAAACUUAGUUCUGUUCUGUGUUUGUAAUCCUUAAAGUUUAUAUUAUAAGCUGUGAAGUUUUGUAAUUGUUUGAAAACUUUACAAUUACCAAUUAAAGUGAGGUCCGAUAAACCGGACUUAACCGAACCAAACGGAUCCGGUUUUAUGUAAUUGUAAUUUGUACUUUUUACACACGUAGAAACGCAAGUGGAGAGAGAGGAGUCGGGCUUUAAAUACUAAAAUGCUUUGUUAAAUUUUUUACAUUUACUAUCUUCGCUAAUUCCUCUGCUUCUCUUGCGACAUGUCUGAGUUUAUCGAUCAAGAUGAUCCCAAGAUGGAAGCUUUGAAUCUUCGAGAAGAAAGAGUGAAGGAGUCUGAAGAUUCUACUCAAGUUGUCUCUGUUGCGCCUGCUUCUUGUUCCGCCAUUACUGAAGCCAGCAAUAAAACAGAUGCUUCUUCUUCAAGAAACCGUGACGGUUGUGAAACUGGCGAGACAACGAUGGCAGAUAAAGAAGACGACGAUCGCAAUGAUGGUGAUGAUCCCAAGAUGGAAGAUAUGAAUCUUCAAGAAGGCUCGAAUCCGGAGCUUUAUGAUGAUGGUGCCGCUCAGGAAUCACAAGUGGAAAACUCUGAAGCCAACAUGAAAACAGAUUCGUCUCCUUCUUCAAGAAACGGUGAAAGUAGUGAAACUGCCGAGACAACAAUGGUAGCUGAAGAAGAUGAUCGCAGUGAUGGUGAUGACGAAGAAUAUGAGUCCAAGGUAAAUACGAAUUGCGUAGAUUUCGAGUUUACUUGAUAUACAAGUAUGUAAGAUAGAUGCUUAAAUGUGGAAUCUUGGUUACAAAUGCAGAGCGAUGAAGAAACCAGUAGUCUUGUUACUCAGCCUCCUGAAGAAAUUGUUGGAUUAGGUACUCAGCGUCAUCGUUCUGUCUAUGAAAAUGUUGGAUUCAGUAGUCUUGUUACUCAGCCUUCACAUCAGAAUCCAAGGGUUGAUCAGAUUGCUAGGAGUGGUCAAGCGAUGAACCCACAUCAACAACACACAAGACCAUACCGUGGAUCAGCAUUGCAUGCAAGUUAUCAGAACAAUUUCAGGCAACCUCUUGGUAUGCAGCAGCAUCCGAUGGCUAACCAGUUUCCCAAUGUAGUCCCAAUGCAAACUCAGAUGUUUAAUCCAGGGCUUGCACCUGCACCAUGGGGACCACAGAACACAUAUCAUCAGCAUCCGAUGGCUAACCAGAUUUCAAAUGUAGUUCCAAUGCAAACUCAGAUGUUUAAUCCAGGGCUUGCACCUGCACCAUGGGGACCACAGAACACAUAUCAUCAGCAUCCGAUGGCUAACCAGUUUCCCAAUGUUUUCCCAAUGCAAACUCAGAUGUUAAAUCCAGGGCUUGCACCUGCACCAUGGGGACCUCAUAACACCUAUCAGCAGCAUCCGAUGGCUUACCAGUUUCCCAAUGUAGUCCCAAUGCAAACUCAGAUGUUUAAUCCAGGGCUUGCACCUGCACCAUGGGGACCUCAUAACACCUAUCAGCAGCAUCCGAUGGCUUACCAGUUUCCCAAUGUAGUCCCAAUGCAAACUCAGAUGUUUAAUCGAGGGCCUGCACCUGAAAUAUGGAGGGUUCAGAUCACAUAUCAACAGGAUUCCAUGGGGAUUCAGAAGUUUAUGCCAUGGCAUGUAUUUAAACAGCUGGACUGCCCAUUGUCAAUGGGGCCAAUCAUGUCUCCAGUGCUGGCUGCGAGGGAUAGUGGCUAUGUAAUUGAACAAAGAUUGAUCAGUAGGGGAAUGAGGCCAAGACAGGAUCCAGUAAUGCACCCAUAUCAACAUCCAGAGGCUAACCAGCAGAACCUGAGAUUGGGGCAAUUCAGAAGUGAAGAUGUGUUUACUACAAUGAAACCAGAUGGACAGCGAAGAACGUUUGUUAUAGUUCGGAACCCUCUAAACCCACAACAACGCAAUUUCGUGUACAUAGAUGCUGUAUAUGUGAGAGCACCACUGGCUGAGGUGCAUCGUAUGGUGCAACUUCAUAAUCAAGCGCAACAGCCAACGCUGUCUGAGGAGGUUGACGGUCCUGCGUCUUCUGAACAAGGUGGAGAUCAGGUUGACGGCGCUGCGUCUUCUGAACGAGAUCAGCAGCAGUCUCAGGAGGUUGACGAUCCUGCGUCUUCUGAACAAGGUGGAGAUCAGCAGAAGCAGCCUAGGUAAAACGAUUCUUGACAGUUUGACAUGUUUUCCAAGUUUUUCUUUUCUACCAAAAACUCUCUCAGAUUUGGUUUAGUAUUGAACAAGCAAAGAGUGAUACCAUUGUUAUGAUACUAAAUAGUUCACUCUACUAGUCUGAAAAAGUUGUCUUUUUUGGAAUGCCCAUCUUGUGUAGUCUCCUUAGGAUUCAGAAAGGUUGAUCAACUGUUAAGUCAAAGAUCUAUUCAAAAGUGUAGAAACCAAAACGAAAAUUGCAGAUGAAGAAAGCUUUCCUCUUCUCCAUCGUGUAGUCAAUUUCAAUCCUUUUCAGUGAAAGCUCAAUCUAGUAUUCAUAAAAGAUUCUCCUUUUUACAAUACCCAGUUUUGUGUAACAUUGAAAUGUGACUCAGAGGGAUAUCGAAGGAUUUGUGAGAAGAAAAAAAAACAGAGCUGACAAAACCACGAGAGAGAUAGCGUAAAUGGGUUAAAAAAAAACUGAGAGAGAGAGAGAGAGAGAGAGAGCUGAGAGAUGAAGACGGAGAGAAGGAUUGAUUAUCGGAUUGUGUUCUAAGCUGACACAGUCUGGGUUUGGUUGAUUUAGGGAUUUGAUGGUUUUGA